ACCAGUUUCAGCAGAUGCAAAAGAAGAUGAUGUUGUCAAAUGUUGGUUCAAAAAACUCCCUAAAAAGCAUAUUUCCUUCCUUGACAGCUAAUUUUGCCUGCAUGAACAGAUAGAAUAAGUAUUUAUCUUGGUGUAAGAGCUUGUAAUGGGUGAUAAUCAAGAUCUAAGGCUGGCUAGAAUCGAUCAUGUUGAAUUGUUGUCAUCUCAGUCUGGUUCACUGUAUCAGUCGAGAGAAUUCACUGAUGUCACCUUCGUAGUUGAAAAACAAAGAUUCAAAGCGCAUAGGAUCAUCCUAGCAGCAAGGAGUGAUUAUUUCAGAGCCUUGCUGUUCGGAGGAAUGAGAGAAACCAAUCCAGCGAAUGAGAUAGAGAUUACAGACUCUUCAUCAAGUGCUUUUGACGCGUUACUCAAGUAUAUUUACACUGGGAAGAUAUUUUUAGGUGAAUAUUGCCCUGAAAUUGUGCUGGAGCUGUUAAGUUUAGCUCAUAAAUAUGGAUUCUUGGCCUUAGAGAGUGCAAUUCAAGGAUAUCUUAAGGCUAUUCUCGAUAUUAAGAAUGUUUGCCAGAUUUUCGAUUUGUCGUCGUUUUUCCAACUCCAAGACUUGUUUGCUUCUUGUCUCGAUUUUAUGGACCAAAAUGCAUCUGAAGUGCUAUCUACAGAUUCAUUUUCAAUGUUAUCGAAGAAUUCUUUGAUUGAAAUAAUUAAAAGAGACUCAUUUUGUGCUGCAGAAGUUCAAAUAUUUCGCUCAGUGGCUGAUUGGAUAAAUGCAAAUAAUGAGGUAACAGAGAAAGAUAUAAAGGAAGUUUUGGGCCAAGUACGAUUGACUCUUAUAAGCCUCAAUGAACUGUUUCAUACUGUUAGAUCUACAAGGUUCUUUGAUGCAGAUGCAAUCCUUGAUGCAAUCAAAGUUAAAACUGAAAGCCAAGUUAGUGAAAUGAACUUCCGUGGACACCUAGUUCGUGAUGAGAAUAUUCCUAUUUCCUUGUGUGGCUCUGAAGUGAUGGAAUGUGAAAAACAACUCCUAGAAACAGAUACAGUCAACUACGAACUUGACCGUGGGUUCUCUCGGCAUCUGAUAGCUGAAGGUGACAAGGGUAUAUGUAUUGCACUCAGCCGACCUAGUAUUAUUAACACCAUCAGAAUGCUUCUGUGGGAUAAAGACUUGAGGUCAUAUUCAUAUUGUAUUGAGGUAUCUAUGGAUAAUCAAGACUGGGUAAAAAUUAUUGACUACUCCAAGUUUCUGUGCCGAUCUUGGCAGACACUCCAUUUUAAUCCAAGAGUUGUCAGAUAUAUCAGGGUUAAAGGAACCUACUGCAGUGUAAAUAAAGUAUUUCACUUGGUUCAUUUUGAGUGUCUGUACUCAACAAAGCCAUUCAAAAUCACCAAAGAUGCUGUUAUUGUACCCCAAGAGAACAUGGCUGUGCCGUCGGCCAGUGCCAGUGUCAUCGAAGGCGUGAGUAGGAGUUGGAAUGCCCUGCUCAAUGGAGAAAUCAAGAGCUAUGAUUGGAACUCUGGGUACACUUGUCAUCAAAUUGGCAGUGGUUCUAUCGUAGUGCAACUAGCGCAGCCAUUCUUUAUUAGUACUAUGAGGUUACUGUUGUGGGAUUGUGAUAAUCGCAGUUAUCGUUACUACAUUGAAGUAUCCAAUGACCGCCAAAAAUGGAAUAGAAUUGUGGAUAAAACUAAUGAAGAUUGCAGGGCGUGGCAGUACCUUACUUUUGAUCCUCAAACUGUAACCUUUAUACGUAUUGUCGGGACCCAAAAUACCAUCAAUGAGGUUUUUCACUGUGUCCAUUUUGAGUGUCCAGCAAGUGAAACUGAACCAGAACCAUGCAUCAGUAUAAAUACCAUGCUGCCAGACAACCUAUGAUGUCAUGGCAACUAGACAACCUGUGUUGUCAUGACAACCAGACAACCUGUGAUGAUGUCAUGGCAACCAGACAACCUAUGAUGUCAUGGCAACCACACCAGCAUCAGCCAAUGAGACUAAGCUUGUAUAAUCAUCUAUAAAUAACCAUAAAACAAGCAUAAUUUAAGUCUUUAAUUUAAGUAUUAAUUUAUUAGCUGACAGCAAAUAAUGAAAAAACUUCUCUGUGUGUACAAAAUUAUUUUAUUGUCCAUGAAUAAAAGUGUUGCAAUCUA